AUGGCAGACCCUACUCCGACCGAGAUUCCAGUCCUUUCGGCGAUCCCAUCGACUGUCGCAUCAGCUACGGCGUCUGCUGUCGGCACACCCCAGUCGCUGCCGCCCAUGGAAGAGGAGGAGCGCGAGAAGUCUAUCAAGGUCUCGCUGGCUGAUCUGACAGCCAAGGCUACAGCAUUCUACGCACAGAAGAAGUAUGAAGAGGCCUCAGAGGUAUACGCGCGCGCUGCCGAGAUGCAGGCCGAGUUCAAUGGAGAAAUGUCCCCCGAAAACGCCGACAUCCUCUUCCUCUACGGUCGCAGCCUGUUCAAGGUUGGCCAAGGCAAAAGCGAUGUUCUUGGUGCUGCACCUGGCGGAGAAAAGAAGACGGCCAAGGCAGCUGCAAAGGCCCAGAAGGACUCUGCCGAGUCGAGCACAGCGCGCGUUUCUGGAGACAACGCCACAUCCGAGGCUGACCAGAUUGCAGAGGAGAAGGUGGCAUACGUUGCAAAGAAUGUCACUGGCAGCGGAUUAGAAGAUGGUGACAAGUUGUCGGAUGCUAAGAAACCGCUUUUCCAGUUCACCGGCGACGAGAACUUUGAGGAUUCGGAUGAAGAGGCUGAGGGCGAGGGUGAAGGUGAAGGCGAGGAGGAGGAAGAGGAGGAUGAUGAUCUUGCCGCUGCUUUCGAAGUCCUGGAUCUUUCUCGUGUUCUUUUCGAAAAGACCUUGGAGCAACUCAAUGAGUCAGAAGGUAAAGGCAAGGAGGCUGCACAGGAAGACACGCCUGCCAUUAAACACAUCAAGGAGCGUCUUGCUGAUACCCACGACCUUCUGGCUGAGAUUUCACUCGAGAAUGAAAAGUACUCUGAAGCAAUCAAUGAUGCACGUGCAGCUCUCAAGUACAAGGUCGAGCUCUAUCCCGAGGAAUCAGAAAUUCGAGCCGAAGCACAUUUCAAGCUUUCACUAGCUCUCGAGUUCGCCUCUGUCACGAGCGAUGCUGAAGACAAGGACGAUGCUCCCAAGACGGUCGAUCAGGGACUGCGCGACGAGGCAGCUGCCGAGCUCGAGAAGGCAAUUGCCAGCACACAGCUUAAGCUCCAGAACGAGGAGGUCAACCUCGCUACUCUCCACGCCCCCGAGGAGAAUGAGGAAUCGCGCAAGAAGAUCGCCGAAGUGCGGGACAUUAUUGCGGAUAUGGAGCAGCGGCUUGUGGAUUUGAAGAAGGGCCCCGUAGAUGUUGAGGGCGUGCUAGGCGCAGAGAACCCCAUGACGGGCAUUCUUGGCGCAGCUUUGGGAGAAUCCCCAGCUGAAGCACAGGCUCGUAUCGAAGAGGCUAAGAAGGGAGCAAAGGACCUUUCCAGUCUUGUGCGCAAGAAGGAGAAGAAGAAGACUGAGCCAGCUGAGCCAUCGCCUGAGACCAAUGGCAAGCGCAAAGCCGAGGAUGCUGCUGACGAGACCGAGGAAUCCAAGAAAGCCAAGAUCGAAGAAGCCGCACCCGCCGCCGAGUCGUGA